GUGAACACCAAGUUUCUGGCGGCCGCUGUGGGGAACUGGCUGGAGUGGUAUGACUUCGGAGUGUAUGCUGCGGUGCCCGAGAUCUUGGGGGACCACUUCUUCCCAUCCAGCGAUGCCUCCGUGCAAAUCAUGCAGUCCUUCCUGGCCUUUGCUGCUGGCUACGUCACGCGGCCCCUGGGCGGAGUCAUCAUCGGCAUCAUUGGGGACCGCAUCGGACGCAAGUGCGCGCUCUGGACCUCCAUGCUGCUCAUGAUGUGCCCAACCUUUCUGAUCGGCUGCUUGCCCACGUACGCGCAGGUGGGGUACCUCUCCACCGUGGGCCUGGUGCUGCUGCGGCUGCUGCAAGGCGUGGCCAUCGGCGGGGAGUACGUCAGCGCCUUGGUCUUCAGCAUGGAGCACGCGCCCUCGGAGCAGAAGACCGCCUCCGGCGCGCUGAUGUCCGUGUCGGUGGCUCUGGGCUCCUUCACCGGCUUCGGCGUGGUGUCCCUGCUGCGGCACCUACUCUCGGAGGAGGCCAUGCGCGCCAUCGGCUGGCGGAUCAGCUUCUGGCUGGGGCUGCUGGUGGGCCUGGUGGGCCUCUUCCUGCGCAGCCGCGUCACGGAGCCCCAGGAAUACGUGCAAGCCCGCGAGGUGGGCGCCCUCGAGCGACAUCCCUUGCUGGAAAUCUUACAGAAGCAUCUUGUGGAGGUUCUGCUGAUGGUCGGGGUGCAAGCCAUCACCCCUGCUGCCUGGUACCAGAACUUCAUUUGGAUGCUGCAGCUCUUCGAGGGCAUAUUGUCCCACCAGGCGCCCAUUGCCGGCGCCUCGGAGCUCAACAGCGUCAUGCAGCUGGCGCCCUCGACGCUGGUGGUGGCGAUCGCCCUCUGCAGAAGCGACUUUGGCUUCCGGCGAUCCGUGCGGCUGGGCAUGUUGGGCCUGGCGCUCUGCAGCGGCCCUGGCUACUGGCUGGUGUCGCGCCGGAAGCUGUGGGCCGCGUUCCUGGCGCAGCUGCUCUUCGCCCUCUGCGCGGGGCUCGUGGCGUGGGGCAAUCCCUUCCUCAUGCACAGCAGCUUCCCGGUGCACGUGCGAGUGCUGGCCAUGGGGCUGAGCUACAACCUGGCGGCCGCGAUCUUCGGCGGGCCCACGCCCUACGUCUGCUCCCAGCUGCUGGUGCACGGCGGAGAUUUGGCGCCAGCUGUGUGGCUGCUCGUCAUGUCGUGCUUGUCCCUUACCUCCAUGUGGGCGUUACAGCGCCGACAGGAGCGUAAAGAGCAGAGCUACUCGCAAGGCGUGCUGCCCUUGCAGAUCGGAGUCUGA